AGGCUUUCCCACUGUCAAACGCCGCCUGCCGAAAAAGGGACGCCGGCUUGUAGUGUUUUGCUCGGUGAAAAAUUGCACAUUUUCCGGUGAAAAAUUGGAUAUUUUCCGUCAAACAGGUAGGAUUUGCACAGCCCCAACAUGAGCGCCGGUGGAAUGCUGUACGGCGGCGAUGAAAUCGGCGCCCUGGUGUUCGAUCCCGGUCAUCAUUCGCUGCGAGUCGGAUAUGCUCAGGAAGACACCCCGAAGGCGGAGAUUCCUUCUGUGGUCGGAGUUGGACCGGCGGAUGCUGCGCUAAACUCGGACCUGGAAACGAAAGUGGACAACAAUGUCGCAAGUGCCAACAAAUACUACGUGGAUACGACCUUUGUCAGCGUUGCCCGGCCGAAUAUGGAGAUUCAAACCUACAUGAAGGACGGAAUGGUCGACAACUGGGAUCUGUUCGAGAAGGUGCUGGACUAUACCUACGCGAAGGUGAUCCAGUCGGAAUCUAUGUACCAUCCGGUACUGUUCUCCGAAGCGGCGUGGAACGUACGGAACAACAGAGAACGGCUGACGGAGCUGAUGUUCGAGAAGUACAGCGUUCCGGCUUUCUUUUUGGUCAAGAAUGCCGUUCUGGCAGCGUUUGCCAAUGGAAGAGCUACCGCUCUGGUGGUGGACAGUGGAGCCACCCAUACUUCCGCCGUUCCGGUUCAUGAAGGAUACGUCCUCAGUCAAGCCGUUGUGAAGUCACCUCUCGGCGGCGAUUAUCUCUCGCUGCAGUGCCGACAGUACCUCGAGGGCCAAAACAUCGAUUUAACUCCGGCGUACGGAAUCGCUGCCAAGGAUGUCAUCAAAGAGCGGGACAAUGCCCGUUUCACUCCGCGUCAACUGCCGGACAAAUUGACUUCUUCCUGGCAGCAGUACAUGCUGAAGGGCCUCCUUCAGGACUUCCAGAUGUCGGUUGUGCAGGUUCUGGAAACGCCAUAUGACGAGCGCACAGCAGCUCAGAUCCCAGCUGUCCAUUACGAGUUCCCCAACGGGUACCAUCAGGAUUUCGGUCCAGAGCGAUUCAAGCUGGCCGAAAGCCUGUUUGACCACACGAUGCUGGGAGCCGGUCAGUUGGCCUCCACCAGCGUUGGAAUGUGCGAUGCCGAUGUUCGUUUAUCGUUGUACGGAUCGGUCGUCGUCACCGGAGGCAAUACUCUUCUCCCGGGCUUCCCGGAACGUUUGAACCGAGAUCUGCAGCACCGGGCACCCUCCAACACCCGGCUGAAGAUGAUUUCCGCCAACGGAUCCGUGGAACGGCGGUUCGGUGCCUGGAUCGGAGGAUCAAUCCUGGCCAGCAUUGGUACAUUCCAGCAGAUGUGGAUUUCCUCUCAGGAGUACGAAGAAUCCGGCAAAAGUCAAGUGGAAAGGAAGUGCCCUUGAACUGGGACGAUGACUAUGGAAUGGCGACAACAAAUUAUUGAAACCCUAGACUUUAAGGAUGUGCUUAGCCUGAUUAAGAUUUUACUAAUCGUGGAGCAGUGUAAUUGUAAUAGUCAGCGCUGCCUGGAAAUAGAUUGAAAGUUUAACCUCUCUGAACGUGAGUAAAAAAAAAAACUUCGUU